AUGGAUAGCGGAGCGCGUCUUAGCGACGACUUGGAUUUGUUUCACACCUCCCAUCUCCAAGCUACGGUACGGGAGCUUCAGGAGAGAGUCAGGGAGCAUGAAGUCGCGCUAAACGAGCUGCGCGCUACUCCAAGUGCGCAUGGCACAAGCCAGUCUUAUCCCCCAACAGCGUCGUUGGAUAUCAUGAAACUAGCUUAUGAUGAGCUGGCAUCGCAAACACCAUUCCUUCCGUUUCCGGAAUCUUUAUUGCCCGCUCUUCUAGCACUCCGCAAAACCCACCAGACUGUGGAGGAGACAAAGGCCUAUUUAGCCUCUCAUAAAGACUCGGUUGAGAAGACCAAGCGACGACUCGAGGUAGAGAAGUCUAACCUCGAAGAUCAGAAAGCCCUUUCGCAAAGUUUGCGCAAUCGCAUACAAUCAUUGCGAGAUGGCUUGGAAAGCCGAAUGGAGAUGGGACCGGAGGACAUAGCUGCAGAACGGAUAAACGAACUGAAGCAAAAGAAAAAGUACUACGACAAGGAAACCUCCAGGCUUCUCAAAGCGCUGAGAAAGUUUAUCGACGAGCAUCUUGCGGGAAUGCUUGCCGCUGAAGAGCUUGGAGGCCCUGUUGUUGGCGAUAUCAUGGAUAUCGAUGGGUCUGAUCUUGCUGCAGGAUUUAGCUCUCAGGGCAAACUGAAAAAGGCAAAGGAGAAUCCAGAUGAGGACAAACGACAGAGACGCAUCGACGAGAUAUGGGGUAUACGAGAGGAUGGGGAGCCAACAGAGAGAGCUAAGGCGGGCAGCCGGGAUGAAGCUGCGGCCGCGGGUGAGGAGAUGCGCACUUUAACAGAGGAACUACUCAACGCCUUAGCACAAUCUGACGGCGAUAGUUCAGCUGCCUAUGUCCAGCUCCCUAGGGAGACGGCAGCUGCAAGGUUCCUAGUCAGGUCUAAAGUUGCGCAGUUUCACCCUAGAGACUCUACGAAGCUCCGGCUAAUCGACUUUGGUAAAGACUUGGAUGAAUAA